ACCGGAUCUGAGAGCGGAGACGUUUCACUUGUCCUCCGCAGGAUCUCAGAAUGGAUAUGCAAACGCCGCUGCUUCGUUUCGCUUUGUUUUCUCUUUUUCUCUGUCUGAUUCUUACUUUUCCCGGAGCGGAUGCGGCUGAAGGGGGUGGGAAAGGGUUCGGUGACCACAUCCACUGGAGGACUCUGGAAGAUGGGAAGAAGGAGGCAGAGGCCAGCGGACUGCCUCUGAUGGUCAUUAUCCACAAGACCUGGUGUGGAGCCUGCAAAGCCCUGAAGCCAAAGUUUGCAGAGUCCAAGGAGAUCUCCGAGUUGGCACAUAACUUCGUCAUGGUCAAUCUGGAGGAUGAGGAGGAGCCUAAAGAUGAUUCAUUCAGUCCUGAUGGAGGAUACAUUCCCAGAAUUCUUUUCCUUGAUCCCAGUGGAAAGGUCCAUCCUGAGAUCACCAACAAAAACGGGAAUCCCAAUUAUAAGUAUUUCUACAGCAAUGCGGAUCAUGUGGUGGCGGGAAUGAAGGAGGCCCAGGAGAAGCUGACGGGCGAUGCGUUCCGAAAGGCGCAUGUGGGUGACGAGCUGUGAGGCGGGAGAGGAGAGGAGAGGAGAGGGUGGAGGUGGGCAUACUGCCAUUCCAGCCAGGGCAAGGGGGGGGGUGAGAGGGGGGCGGAGGGUGAUGGGGUGACAGGUAAGGGCGAAACCUGCUGUCUCAACUCCCUUCCGGCCUGCUGGGCCUCCCCAAACUCUGGCACUGGCCACGGCUGAUACCCAGCUCCUUUUUUUUUUUGUUUUU